AUGUUUGCAAGCCCGCGUCGUGACUUCCAUUCACAUCAUUCCGGGCCGCGCAAACCGGGCUGUGCUUAUGAAGUCGGAGUAGUUCUGAGGCCGCGUGAAGACCCCCGGGAACCGAAAGUGUGGAGGUCGACAGUAGCGCCGGACGUCGAUCGUAGCGAAGAGUCGGUGGCAUCACAGCCAGUCCACCCGCACCGCGCGCUCCAUACAGACACAUCACAACACAUGGAAAAAAACUCCUUCUUUGUGGUGACCAAUGUCCUCAUGACAAAGAAUCAGAAGCAGGGGAAAUGCCCAGAGGUUCCCCUUAAAGGCAGCUUGUGUCGCACUGAUAAGGACUGUGAGAAAGGAGGCUGGGAUCAGCAGAGCCACGGGAUUAAGACGGGAUCAUGUGUGAAGUUUGACGUGUUGAGGAAAACCUGCGAGGUCUCUGCCUGGUGUCCAGUGGAAACAAAGCGGAGUCCUCCGAGGCCUGCACUGCUGGCAGCAGCUGAGAACUUCACCGUCCUCAUCAAAAACAAUAUCAGGUUUCCUGCAUUCAACUACAUCCGAAGGAACAUCCUCCCGAACAUGAACGACGCCUACCUGCGAAGCUGUCAGAGAGGAGGAGACCCUCUGUGUCCCAUCUUCAGGCUGGGGGACGUCGUUCGAGAGGCCGGGGAGAAGUUCUCUGAGAUGGCUGUAGAGUUAGGGAUCAAAUACUGUUGA